GGCCAAGACGUUUCUCAAAGCUAUGAUAUUCUCUCUGGCUUUUGUGGCUAUCACCAAUAAGUGAAUGCAGCCCCAAAUAGGACCAUAGAUUCUGGGCUGAGCUUGGAAUGGAGAGGAAGGAGUCCAGGCUGAGAUGCACCCUGACCAAGUAUCCAAACUAGUAUGGGACUACUUCAACAAGCUGAGCACCAAUGCCAAGGAUGCCAUGGAACAGCUGCAGAAGUCUGAGCUCAACCAGCAGCUCAAGUACGAGGGUAUGGCCUGUGGGGAGGGGGGGUGACGGGCAGGAAGAGGCGGGGGCCUUUGCAAUCUUUUUAUGGAGAAGUGUGGGGAAGUUAGCACUCAGACUGACGACCUGAAGAAGAAGCUAGUGUCCUUUGCCAUGGAAUUGCUGUGCCUUCUGGUCCAGGACUCAGAAAAGCUCAAGCUGCAGAUCCAGGAGGAGCUGGAGGAGCUGAGGCUCCAGCUCCAGCCCAAUGCAGAACAGGUCAGCCAGAAGAUGAAUGAGAACGUGCAGGCCCUGAAGCAGUGCCUGAAGCCUUGCACCAAUGAGCUCCAAAACAGCCUCAAUGAGAACGCAGAGCAGCUCCGCCAGCAGCUGGCCCCCCUUUCCCAGCAGUUGGAGGCCACCAUGAAGGAGAACCAGAGCAUUCAGAUGGCCCUGGCCCCCUUCGCUUGUGAGUUCAAGGACAAGGUCAACCAGCACGUGGAUAAGAUGAGAUGUCAGCUCACCCCCUACGCAGACCAGCUCCAGAACAAGAUUGACCAGCACAUUGCAGAGCUUCAGAAGACCCUCAUCCCCUUUGCCAAGGGUGCCCAGGAACAGCUCAAUCGCCAGAUCGAAUGUCUGGCCUUCCAGAUGAAAAAGAAUGUGGAUCAGCUGAGGACCAAGAUCUCGGACAAUACAGAGGACCUGAAGCAAAAGCUGACACCCUUUGCUGAGGAGAUGAAGGGGAAGCUGCCCAAAAGCUCAGAGGAGCUGCACCAGUCCUUGACCAAGCUGAAUGUACAGGUGGACCAGCAGAUUGAAGAGUUCUGCAAGAAUAUGGGGACCUUUGAGGAGAGCUUCAACAAGGCCUUGGUGCAGCAUCUGGAAGAACUCAAGCAGAAACUAGGGCCACCCCGUGAGUGUGUGGUGGAGGGCCACCUGAGCUUAUUAGAGAAGGAGCUGAGGGACAAAGUCAACUCUUUCUUCUGCACCCUCAAGCAGACCCAAGAGGAUAUUCUCUCUUUCCCCAAGCCCUAGAACCUCAAUGUCUGAGCAGCCUUUCUCAGCUCUUCUUAGACCACCAUUGCCUCCUGACUUUAGAUUCAGACCAAGUUCUCUGUCCAUCCAUCCACCAGUCUGCCCAGCCAUUCCAAGUGUAGCCCUGGGACUGUUGUUGUGGUGAAAAGUAGCAU